AUGCGUACCAUGUCAAUUACUACACUGAUCUGCCUGGUUCUGGGAGUUGCCAGUGCUGCUCCUCGGAUCCCAUCCUCAGAAGUCUGCAUUCCUCAGCAUGACUCGAAUCCCCGCAGGCGAGCCGUCGGCGUUUCUGAGCGCAAUUCGGGCUUCACCUACGGUCCGUCGCUAAUCGGCGAAGCAGCACCCUUCCCUAAUGGAACGCUAGGCAAUGCCCGUUCUAAAGCAGACUACGCCCUCUGGUCUAUCGACCGCGAGGAAAUCGAUAAGCGGAUCGCUACCGACCUCCAGGAGAUCCAAGAGGCCAUUCAGGCUAAUGGCGGCCUAAAGACAUGGGAUGACUACGAAAAGAUUCUGUAUGACGGCAAGUUGAAGCAGUCCAACCCCCGGGGUCCCGCCCCAGGGAUCAUUGCCAAUGCCACUCAGGAUCUUUUGUUCUCUAUGGAGCGGCUCAGUGAGCACCCUUACGCUGUGCGCCUCGUGAAGGCAGACGAAAAGCUGCCUUUCAAUGUCGACACCAAGAUCGUUAGCAAGCUGGUGGGCGCUGGGGCCACACUUCACACCCUGCAAGCAUCCAGGAGAUUGUUCCUUGUUGACCACUCUUACCAAAACGAGUACAGUCUUCCAUCUGUUGUCCAGCGCUUUUCUGUUGCUUGCAGCGCGUAUUUCUACAUUGACCCCAAGACAAACGAUUUCCUACCCCUUGCCAUAAAGACCAACAGUGGCAGCGACUUGAUCUACACUCCUCUUGACUCGUUCGAAGACUGGCUUCUGGCAAAGAUGAUGUUCAACGCCAAUGACAUGUUCCAUGCCCAGAUGCUUCACCUGGUCAUCUCCCAUGAUAUCUCCGAGGCCGUGCACCAAGCCGCACUACACACUUUGAGCGAUAACCACCCCAUCAUGGUUAUACUUGAGCGUCUCAUGCUCCAGGGAUACUCCUCCCGCAUUGUUGGAGAGGAGCUGUGCUUCAAUCCUGGCGGUCACUGGGACCAGUCGAUGGCCUACGACCAGUUCAGCUGCCGCAAGUUCGUUACCGACCAGUGGCCCGUUGCUGGCAAGUUCCAGGCCGGCUACCUCGAGACUGACCUCAAGUCGCGUGGUCUUCUCAAUGAUAAGGGCGCCUCCAUCUUCAAGUCUUUCCCUUUCUGGAACGAUGCGAAAGAUAUUCGUAACGCCUACAGGGCCUUCUUCAAGAGCUUUGUUGAUUCUUACUACAAGACCGAACUGGACCUAGUCGGUGACUUUGAGGUCCGAAACUGGUUCGUCGAGGCCAGCGAGUAUGCCAAGACUCGGGACUUCCCUUCGAAACAUUCUCUCUCCAAGGAGACGCUUAUCGACGUUCUGACUCACUUUGGCUUCCUCCUUUCCGUCGGCCACCAUUCAACUAAUGGAGGCGCUCCGAUUGCCAGUGCAACGCUGCCUUUCCACAUCCCCGCUCUGUACAACCCACCUCCUACCACCAAGGGCGUCAAAACCCUGCUGCCAUAUUUGCCCGAUGUGCCCACUGCUUUGCACUACAUCGGCUUCACGGCCUCAUUCAACCGUCCCUUCUACAGCAGUGACGGUCGCACACUGCAGAAUGCUUUCUCUCAGGACGAGAAAUUAAAGAAACUUAACAAGGCUACAAACGACGCCGCUGCUCGUUUCCUAAGGACUCUACAAGAUCCCAGCAACAAAAUUCAGGCCCGCAACUUUGACGAGAACGGGCUAAGUGAUGGCAUGCCGUUCGUGUACCGCACUCUUGACCCCAACUACAUCCCCUUCUUUUGCGCCGUCUGA